AUGGCCAAGGCUCUGCCACGUGUCAACCUGGCGGAGGUGCAGCACGCGCUCUGCAUGGCGGUGGGGCCGAUGCGCGAGGCGCAGUACCUUCAACUCCUCGGCGAGUAUCUCAACAUGCGCCUGUCAAAGCGCGAGCUCGAUCGGCUCGUUUCCGCCACUCUCGGCUCCGAAAACGUCUUCCUGCACAACUCGUUCGUCCGCGCCGUCUUCGCUUCCGCCUGCGCCAGCGACGCCCCGCCCCCGAAUGCCACCCGCGCGGACGCCGCCGCCGCCAAUGCCGCCAGCGCCUGGGCUGCGGGGAUCGCGGAUCCCGCAGCAGCGGCGGGAGGCAGCGCGGAAGGCGAAGCGAGAAAGCAAGGCGCGGGCGGCGGAGGCGGGGCAAGCGCAGGCGCGGGGGGAAUGGCUGGUGGCGGGUUUGAGGGCGCUCUUCCGCAGUUGGCGGGUUUUGACCCGUCCUCCGCCUCGCCGUUCGCGCAAGACGCGGGCAUGGAUCGGGAGAACGGAUACGAGGCGCCGUCGCAGCCUUCCCCCAAGCGUCAGCGGGGCCUAGCAGCGCGGGAUCGGAAACAAGCCGCCGCCGCUGCCGCUGCCGCCGCCGCCGCCGCCGCCGCCGCCGGUGCCGCUGGUACUGGCAGUGUUGGCGGCGAGUCGGGUGCAGCAGGGUCCGAUGGUGGCCUAAGAAAGCGGAUCUAUGGAAGAACUUCAGACGGAAUCGUCCCAGCGAGCCCUGCUGCUGACGAUGCUGCUUUUAACGAGUACGCCGACCCUUCCUCGCCGAGCGCCGUGGCUGCCGCUGCGGGUGGCCCGGGCGCGGCGGCGACGCCGCCUACUGCGGGACUGGCUGGCUCGCGCAUGGCUUCCGCGGACGCGCGCAUCAACGGCGCAGCAACAGGCGCCGGCGGGGAUGCGCACGACGGCGCAGGCGGGGAAGCUUCCGCUCGCCCGUGGAAGCGGCUCAAGGUGGGGCGCGGGGGCACCGGCGGAAGAUCCGCGCGGAUGGAAGCUGCUGGCGCAGAUGGCAGCAAGGGGGAAGGGAUGGAGGACGGGGACUGGGCUCUCCCCGCGGACGGAGAAGGGGACUGGGGGGACGGCGGGGCAUCUGGGGGGCCUGCGGGAUUGUGGCCCGCGCGGGGGGAGCCGCAUGGGGAGCAGCAGGGGGAUCGGCGCGCUGGGGCUGGCGGAAAGGGCAGGCCGCCCCUUCCGCCGCCAGGGGGACCGGCUCCGCCGCCCCCUUUGUGCUUGGCGCAAGCAUGGAUGGGGGAGCAACAGGCGGAGCUGCUAGGGCUACCGCUGGGCCGAGUGUGGGGGGACCACGAGGUGAAACGAGAGGCGGGCGAGGGGGAAGAGGAGGACAGAACUUACCGAGGAGAGGAGGAGGCGGAGGAAGAGGACGGGAAAGGAACGCCAGCAGCAGCAGCAGCAGCGGCGGUGGUGGCGGCGGCGGCAGGGGGUAUGGGGGGCGCGCCAGAGAUCAGCAGGGAGACGGAGGCGCGGCAGAAAGCGGCGCUGGAUGCGUUUCUGUCCGUUCCGCUGUCCGCCCCGCUGGGUAUCCCCUUCCUCGCGUCCAGCCGCGGGGGCGCGGCGGUUCCCGUCGCCCCGCGCCCCCCGCCCGGCAUGCCCCUCACGCACACGCUCCUGGGCUGCCCGCUGGACUCCGCCGCCGCGGAUGCCGCCGCCGCCGCCGCCGCUGGUGCUGGUGGCGCGUGCGCAGAUGAUCCUGCUCCCCAUUCAGGCGGCUUGGGGGAAGAAGGAGAAGGAGCAGCAGCAGCAGCAGGAGGAGGAGGAGGAAGAGGAGGGAGAGGAGGAAAGGAAGCAGGGCGGAGGAGGCAGGGGGGCCCUGGGAGAGGGUCCGGGGGGUGUUUACCCACGAGUGACGCGCUGCUGGUGCGCAUGCGGCAGGUAGCGAUGAGAGAGAGCGGGCUGGCGGGCGGAGUGAGCGCGGAAGCGGCGGAAGUGGUGCAGAGGGCGCUUAUCUUGCAUCUCACUAAUAUCAUCCGCUCCUGUGCUGCUGUUGGCCGCUCCGCUGGUGCUGCUGCUGGCGCCAUUGCUGCUGCCUCUGCUGCUGCUGGUGGUGAUAGCAGGGGAGGUGGUGGUAGUGGCGGUAGUGGUAGGGGGGUCGGGGGAGGGGCUGGGGACGGGAAGGGCGGCGGAGGGAGGCUGCCUCUUCCCCCUCUUGCGCUGCUCGCGGAUAGGAGAGGAGCAGCAGGGGGCUGGGGGGGAGGUGGAGGAAGAGGAGGGGGGAGAGGAGAAGGAGAGGGGAAUUUGGAGCUUGGGUUCUCGAGUUUACACCUGGGGGAUAUGCUAGGCCCGAAUAUCCCGAGCGUGGGCGCGAAUGGGUGUGGACCUGUGGUCCCGUCUGCUCCGCUGCUCUUCUCCUCCCCUUCCCUCUGCCCGUUAGGGUUGGCCAUGCUAGGGCAAAGUGCGGCAGCUGCUGGUGUGGCGCGAGGGAGUGGCUUAGGGAUGGGGAGAGCAGGGGGGAAAGGAAUGGGCGCAAGGAGACGAAGAGGGAAGUUUUUGGGAGUGCGGGGUUGGGAAGGUGGGGUGGAGGGGGGUGAGGAGGGGGAUGAUGAGGAGGAGGAAGAGGAUGAGGUGGGAGAUGAUUUUGAUGGUAAUGGUGUGGGAGGGGAGGGGGAACAGGGCAUGGAGGAGGAAAAGGAGGAGGAUGACGAAGAUGAGGAGGAGGAGGACGAGGAGGAAGAUGAGGGGGACGGGUUAGAGGGGACGGGGGAAGAGGAGGAGGAAGAAGAGGAGGAAGAGGAGGACGAGGAGGAGGAGGAAGAGGAGGAGGACGAGGAAGGAGAGGAGGAAGAGGGGGGAGAGGAAGGGGAUGAGGAGGAUGAGGACGAGGAAGUGGAAGGAGAUGAGGAGAAGGAGAGAGGGGAAGGAGAGGAUGAUUUGAAGGAGCAACAGAUGGCUGGUAACGGCUCUCUGAGUUGUGACGCACCUCCUCAGUCGCCUCAACGGCCUGAGCCUCACUAG